AUGCUUGCCACAUGGCCAGACGCUGCAGAGCGUCAAGUCCAAGUUACCCCACUGGAUGAUGAUAUCAAUACAUAUCUGCACAUCGUCCAACAACUUCGCACGCGCCGCAAUACCCUCAUGCCGGCCUGUUGCCUGUUACCUGAAGUCCUUUCCGAGAUCUUCAGCUAUCUCGUACCCAUCCGCGUUCACGACAAUCAUGACAUCAUCGCUGUAACGCACGUCUGCCGCUGUUGGCGGGAUGUGGCCUUAGCAUUCCCCCAUCUUUGGUCGCACAUCCACUCAAGAUUAUCCUCCUCGUCACAGAUUUCUCUCGCUGAGAUGAUGUAUGAAAGAGCCGCAGAUGCGGUCCUUACCAUUGAGGUAGACGCAGACGACACAGAUGAACGCAUUCAUCUCAUCGAGGAGCUAGCCCGCCAGCUUCAUCGGACACACGUGUUCAAACUGGAGCCCUCGAGAGGGCAGUACCCCGGCUUCGUGGAGAACCUCGUCGUAGACUGUCCCAUUCUAGAAAGCUUUUGGAUCUGUGUGGGUGGUUCUAGGUCAGAUUCAGAUGUCCUCCUCCCAAACGGCAUGUUCAGAAAUGCUUCGAGGCUACAAAUGCUACACCUCUCAGGCUGCGCUCUUCAUUGGGAUUCGUUGGCUCUCAACGGGCUGACUUGUCUUGAACUCUCUCAUCUGAGAGAGCUCGCUCCAGCUCCGAGUGAGCUUUUGGGCCUUCUGGAGGGUAAUUCUGCCCUUCAAGAUCUCGAGCUCGUCGACGUGUUGGCCAAAUUUUGGCUUACACCGUCAUCAUGGAACGCUGACGUGGCAAUCAAUCUCCCUAACCUCCGACAUCUUGCUUUGUCCGACAUAACAUUCAUUCAAUAUGCCCACUUUCUGUCACGCCUCAACGUCCCUCCAGAGACUCACAUUACGUUGGACAUCACUAUCCCUGAAGGCCGAUCACCCAACAGCCUAAUGCUCUUUCCCGCAAGGGUCCUCACCCCUUAUCGUGAUGACCCGGGGAUCGCCUAUUCUGUGUCUAUCGAGCACGGGUAUCGCACUGACAUCGACAUAGCACCACUCAUUGAAUCCAACUGCCCCCAGUGCUCGUACCAGACCUGCCGAAGCCACCUUGACGCCACCUUUCGCUACUCCGGUUCUGACCGUGACCAUUCGGCAUACAGCCCUUUCACGUCACUGUGCAGUGGAAGUCCUCUUUUCUCCAUCCAGAAAUUGACCAUAGAUACUGGCGACGAGCAGCCAUUUGGAGCCAUCCUUUGGCGCGAUGUAUUCCUGGCGCUUCCUAAUCUCACGUUUCUCGAUAUAAGCGUUGAAGAGGACAAUUUAACGCGAGCGUUGGAUGCGCUCGCCCCCGGCGAGAGUCUCCGACCUCUUCCACAACUGGAAGAGCUUGUGCUUUGUCCGGCAUCGGGGCAUCAGGGAGGCGCCGAGAACCUUGCAGAUGCGUUGGAAAAACGUGCGAAAGCGGGACUGCAUCUCAAGUCUCUCACCAAUCGUGGAAUUGAGCUGUCUCGAUCCGUGAUUGUGCGGGUGCGGUGGAUGGUCGUUGGUAUCUUAUCAGGGUUUGACUAGUCAAAUUUAUGUGUGUAGAUGAUUGAAAUAACUUUGCGUUGUUCGUGGACAUUGUCUACUAAUAGCAAUAUCGUGUCACAUAGACUUGUAACAUUAGAUUUGAUGCAAG